AUGGCCUAUCUGGGAGCCCAUUUUGCCUUUAGAUCCCGUUGGCAAAAGACAGAUGAUGAGCUGUGUCAGCAUAGCAUGUCCUUCAUCCUUCACAGGGCGAUCCGCAAUGACUUCUUUCAAAGUUAUCUCUAUCUCCUGGAAAACCUUUCUCUGGUGAAACUCUAUGCUUUAACAAGCCAAGUCAUCAAUGGUGAGAUGCAGUUCUAUGCCAGAGCAAAGCUUUUCUACAGUGAAGUUCCGGCGACAGAAGAAGGGAUGAUGGGAGAUUACAUUGAACUGUCUAACACAGAUAUCCACGCCUCCCGGGAAUUUCUUAGGAAGUUUGUUGGGGGUCCUGGGAAAGCAGGUACUGACUGUGCCUUGGACUGUGGUUCUGGGAUAGGAAGGGUCAGCAAACAUGUCUUGUUGCCAGUUUUCAACAGUGUGGAACUGGUGGACAUGAUGGAAGCCUUCUUGGCUGAAGCCCAGAAUUACCUACAAGCCAAAGGUGAUAAAGUGGAAACAUAUUACUGCUACAGCCUCCAGGAAUUUACGCCUACUCUCAGAAAAUACGAUGUCAUUUGGAUACAGUGGGUUUCUGGGAACCUAACUGAUAAAGAUCUCCUAGAGUUCCUUUCCCGCUGCUGUGAAGGCCUGAGAGAGAAUGGCAUCAUCAUCUUAAAGGACAAUGUGGCCCGCCAGGGUUGUAUCUUUGACUCAUCCGACAGCAGUGUCAUCCGGGACAUGGACAUCCUCCGGAGCCUCAUUCACAAGAGUGGGCUGGUGGUUCUACGGGAAGAGAAGCAAGAAGGCUUUCCAGAGCAAUGUGUUCCAGUGUGGAUGUUUGCUCUGCGUGGAAGGGUUACCCGGUCUGCUGCAGCCUAUAGUAUUCCAGAAGCUUGCCUGUCUCUUUCCCGACUCUUCCACUGGGGAAUUACUAUUGUUCCAGGCACUGAGGUUUACAACCUUAGAAUUAUCCUCAACUCUUACAUCUCCCUCAUCCAAAAUGUCCGAUGCAUCUUACCUCCACAACAUCUCACACAUCUGUGCUUCUCUUCUACUAACAUUGUCCUAUUCUCUCAUCACCCCCACCUAGACAAUUUCAGCAGCCUCAUAAGUUGA